AUGAGUGGAAAACGGACUAGAAGUUUUAAAUGUGCCGUGCACCAUCGGGACCGUGAGGUCUGUUCCGAGAACGAUUUUCAUCUGCUCGUGCAUGAGCCACCUCUGUUUCGCAGGAUGGUCCGCAUGAUCGGCGAUGAAUUCCUCACGGAGGAGCGGGACCGAAAAUACUACGCCGAUCACUACACAUGCUGUCCACCACCUCUCUUCAUCAUCCUCAUCACCCUCGUAGAGCUUGCUUUCUUCACGUACUAUACAGUAGCGAUGGGUGAAGUGAAUCCCUCUGGGCCGGUGCCGAUCGACAGUGUCUUUAUUUACAGACCAGACAAGCGGCUCGAACUCUGGAGGUUUGCCUUCUACAUGUUCCUGCACGCUGGGUGGCUUCACCUGCUGUUUAACCUGGGGGUACAGGUGGUCGUGGGACUUCCCUUAGAAAUGGUUCAUGGAAGCCUGAGGAUCGCCGCGGUUUACAUGGCCGGGGUUCUUGCCGGUUCGCUGGGCACGUCGGUAUUCGACACGGACGUGUACCUCGUUGGAGCGAGCGGAGGCGUUUAUGCCCUUCUAGCAGCGCAUCUAGCCAACGUCCUUCUCAACUACAACAAUAUGGAGUUUGGGAUAGUUCGGCUCAUCGGCAUCUUCGUCAUCGCUAGCGCCGACGUGGGCUUUGCAAUCUACGAUAGAUACGCUGCGGAACAGAUGGGUCCGCCAGUGUCGUACGUCGCUCACCUGACGGGUGCCCUGGCGGGCCUAACAAUCGGCCUUCUGGUACUGAAGAACUUCGAGCAGCGGCUACAUGAGCAGUUACUCUGGUGGGUUGCCUUGGGUGUCUAUGCCGCCUGCACAAUCUUCGCGAUCAUGUACAAUCUGAUGCACCCCGACUAUCCAUGA